UUAACCGUGAGUAUAUAGUAGUUCCGGUGGCAUGGCAGUUGUAGGCAAAUUGGUUUCACGGUUGGCAGUAGUGACAGGUGGUGGCAGUGGGAUUGGUCGUGCUGUUUGUCAGAGAUUUGCUUUGGAAGGUGCCACAGUUGCAGUUGUUGACAUUGAUCAUAAAGCUGCCAAUGAGACACUGCAGGAGUUGUCUUGCGAUCAGCCUGCCCAACAGCAUGCAGCCUUCCCUGCUGAUGUGUCAUCCUGUGAUGGUGUGAAAGAUUUGCUGUCUGCGAUUCAGGCCAAGUUCUUAUGUGUUCCUUCCAUCUCUGUGAAUUGUGCUGGCAUCACUGCAGAUGAGUUUGUUCUGAAGAUGGAGGAAGAGGCUUUUGACAAUGUUCUGAAGGUUAACUUAAAGGGUACAUUCCUUAUGACUCAGGCUGUCUCCAAAGCUCUGGUUGCCAGCGGUGCCAACAACGGUUCUAUCAUUAACAUGGGUAGCAUUGUAGGGAAGGUGGGAAACCUAGGGCAAGCGAACUAUGCAGCAUCAAAAGCUGGAGUUGAAGGCUUAACAAAAACAGUAGCAAAAGAGCUUGCCAGAUAUGGCAUUCGGUGUAACACUGUUCUACCAGGAUUCAUUGAAACUCCAAUGACAGCUAAAGUACCCCAGAAGGUGCUAGAGAAGUUCUCAGGAAUGGUGCCGUUAGGGAGACUGGGAAGCCCUGCAGACGUUGCUGAUGUGUGUGCCUUUCUGGCAUCUGAUGACAGCAGUUAUAUUACGGGUACAAGUAUUGAGGUAACAGGUGGCCUUUUCCUUUGAUAACUACACAGCUGCACUUCAGAAGGCUGCUAAAAGAACCCAACUAUUGAUAAGGCUGCUGACUGGGUCUGCUAGAAUGAAAUGUUUUUCCAGUGUUGUGGCAAACUAUAGCAUCACUGUCUUUCCUGAUGUGAUUAACUUUUGAAAUUAUACAGAUAAUCUGUUAUUUUUAUGCCCCUUAUUGUGAAAGAAAUAAUUUUCAAUUAAUAUUGCCUGUUUAAGAUUUUGUAUAAUUUUCAUAGAGAUAAAUCUGGAAAGCAGUUUUAAGGUAUGUAUAGGAACAGAAUCUUAUUAUUAAGUGCUGAUAUGCAAGACAGGAAAGAAGUAUGCAAAUUGCAUGGCUUUAUUGGGUACAUUUCUAGAAUGAGUUCUUGUUAAAAAUUCCAUCUUUGGAUAGCAUGUACAAAAUUGAAAAUAUGGAAAAAUGUAUACCAAGUCUGAGGCUGCAGAGUCCCUAAGUAUUCACAUUACUCUGAGGUGCAGCUGUCUUAGAGUUGGAAUAUAUUAAGAAGCAGGAGUUUGGGUUUGGGUGUGGGGUGCAGCCCCCCCCCCGCCCCAAAGAAAAAAUGGUUUAAAGGCUUUGAAUUUCGAUAUUUGCUUUAUGUUUUGGCAGUUGCUGUGAGAUAUGCUGUUAAGGAUCUCAUACACUUGAUAGGGAGCAUUUUUGCAUAUAAAAACAUUAUAUUUGUGACCAGAUGAUGACUAUAGUGGCCUUUACAUGCUAGAAAUGCACUAGGUAAGACUGUAUAUUUGAUAAUUAUGUACUACUGUCUUGGGCUGGUAAAAGCACUCAAAGAGCAUUAUGAUCUAAUAAAGUACAUAUAAAUGCCAAGGA